GAGGCCCGCACCGCCAGCGGGGGGACGGAGCCUCCGCCCGGAGCCGUGUGGCCCUGUAGAAAGGGAAAAAAAACAUUAAAAUGUCUCAGAAUCCUAAUAUUCCACAUACAAGUGGAGAAAAAUCAAAUGAUUCAGAGGAUAUCCAAGAGGACCGCUUGAAUGACCCAGAUCAGUCUAUGAGAAAAAGGAUACCGCCGAGUACCUCAAAUCCACACAGAUGCAACAUCGGUCAAUCUAGUCUCCCUUGGCAUGUGUCGAUGGAAGAGCUGAUGGAAACGGCGAAAGGAGUUUCCAAUAUGGCAUUAGCACAUGAAAUUGUAGUCAAUAGAGAUUUCAAGAUUACGCCUGCUGAAUUUCCAGAAGGCAGCCUGGAGAAAACUGUAAAAGAGAUUGUACAUAAAGCUUUUUGGGAUUGUCUGGAAGCCCAGUUAAGCGAAGAUCCACCAACAUAUGAUCAUUCAAUUAAACUUCUGGGGGAGAUUAAAGAGGCUCUUCUAUCCUUCUUGUUACCUGGUCAUACUAGAUUAAGAAACCAGAUUACAGAUGUUCUAGAUCUGGAUCUGAUAAAGCAGGAGGCAGUGAAUGGAGCACUGGACAUUUCUAAGCUGGCAGAAUUCAUCAUUGUAAUUAUGGGGACUCUUUGUGCUCCAGCUAGAGAUGAGGAAGUUAAGAAACUGAAAGACAUUCAUGAAAUAGUCCCACUAUUCAGAGCAAUUUUCUCUGUAUUAGACUUAAUGAAAAUGGACAUGGCUAACUUUGCUGUUAGUAGCAUUAGGCCACAUUUAAUGCAACAGUCUGUUGAAUACGAAAGACAGAAGUUUCAGAAGAUUUUUGAGAAGCAACCAAACUGUCUAGACUUUGUCACCGAUUGGUUGCAAGAAGCAUCAGAUGAUCUUGCCAAACUGAGGCAUACAAAUCCACCUUGCCCUGGCACUGGAGCUGCUGCUAGUGUGGUUUCUGCAUUGUGUCCUGUGGCUGUACAAAAUCGGGCAUAUCUAAAGCUGCUUAAGUGGGAUCAUAUGCACAGGCCUUUCCCAGAGACAUUAUUAAUGGACCACACCCGCUUUCAGGAAAUGCAACUGGAGCUGAAAGAGCUCAUCUUGAUCAGUGCUAUCCUCCUAGUCCUGUUCAGUGUAACAGGUGUGGCACUUUCCAGUCUGCCAUGGUUUGCUGACAAAAUCAAAGCCAUUAUAAAGGUGUUAUUGGCAGGGGGCCUAUCUAGUAGCUCUCAGGUCUCCUUCAACCUGAGUGAAUCUUUGGCGACUGUUGGUGAGAAGGUCUGUGCUGAAGUUAAUAGUUGUCUUUCCCAACAUGGAUUAACACCAUUCACAACUGAGAGAGAGGUGGGGCUUAAAGGACAGAUCCAGGCACUGGCAAACCCUGAUAACGCCAUAUGUAAACUGAUAGAUUCUCGAAUCCAGACAUUUUUAGAGCACUGUCUGACUUCUGGUCAUCAGAAAUCAUUUCCUGCUAUUCCAGAGGGAUUAAGCCCUAUUCAAAAAGAGAUGGAAGAAAUCGCUGUCAAGUAUGUUCGACUUGUCAACUAUAACAAGAUGGUUUUCAGCCCUUACUACGAUGCCAUCCUUAGCAAACUACUGAAUAAGGAAGAAUCCCAGUUGUCAGAGUAGUCUGAAAAAUCCUCAUACCAAUUUGUAUCCUAUCUAGACAGUAUUAAUUUUCUCUGCUAAAAAAAUCUUGCCAUUAACUUGGCUUUGGAAAUGCUAUUCCAUUAAAACAUUAUUUUAUUACUAGCUCAGUAGUGCUGAUAAUACAGGAGAAAUGUAUGUAUAAAUUGGAAUAGGCAUGUUGAGAAUGAAGUGGUAAAUAGAUGCAUUUUUAGCUGAAGGUAUGUAUGUUAAUUUUAUGGCUAUUGUCUUUGCUACUGAGCAGCUGCUACAGGUUGGACCUCCCUGGUGCAGCACCCUCGGGACCUACGCAGUCCCAGAUGAGGGAAUUUGCUGGAUCAAGGAAGGUUCCCUGCCACUGGCCUCCUCAGCCUGCUGCCCCUCCCUGCCUCCGGCUUCUUUGGUAAUGCUUUCAGCUGGGUGACCCAGCUGCCCCAGCCCCACAGUGGCGCACAGCCCUGGCCCUGCUGUCGUGGCACCAGCCCCGCUGUGGGGCAGCACCUGGCUCUGGCUGAGCUGCCCAGCCGGGUUGCUGCAGCAGUACUAGUCCUGCUGCCGGUCUGGCACACUGCCCUAAUCGGGCUGCUGGCUUGCCCUGGUGGUCCCAGCUCUGCUGUUGCGGCCCCAGGCAGGCUUCCCCGGCUGCUGGUCUGACACACAGCCCCAGUUGGGCUGCUGUGGUACCAGCUUCGCUGUUGGGUCAGCAUGCAUGGCUGCCCCUGCCUCACUACCGCAGCCCUGCUACCACCGCCAAGCUGCUGAGGCUCUGGCCCCGCUACCACCAGCCUUGCUGUGUGGGGCUCUCAGUUGCUGGCCCUCUGCCCCUGGGCUCUCCCGGACCAUGAAUGUUGCCCAAGGAGACUGUCCCAGUUUAGGGAGGUGCAAGCUGUAGAUAAGAUUAGAUCAUUGUACAACCAGACUGCAUUUUUAAAUUGCUGAUAGUGGAGGGGAGGGGUCUUUUUGUCGCAUUCUACCUCUCCGGCUUACCAUGAGUUAGUGUGUUCAUCUGGAGGAGAUCAGCAAAGAUCUUUUCCGUACUGAGUGAUUUGACCUUUUGAAAUCCUAUUUUCACAACUGAAGAAAUAAUUGAAUUUUUGAGAUGCAAGAAACUGGGAUAAUGGUAGUUAAGAACAGGCCCAAACAUAGCACUUUACUGUAAUAGUAUAAGGCUUAAGUAUAAGUCUUUCUGCUAGUCACAUUUUUUGGUAGCAAUUUUUGCUCUCUCUGCAAACAGAUUACCAAAAACAUACGAUAUUUUGUAGUGAAUGUUUUGCUUAUCAAGUAAUUGUCCUCUUUUUUUUGUGUAUGGUGUUACAAGGGGAACAGUCUAUAAGAUUGCAGCUGUGUUUCUCUUUGUAAAGCUUUCAGGUAGGCCAAGUGAAAACUGCUUUCAUAAGAGUGGCAUUUCUUACCUUUCUUUUGCUAGAAGGGUAUUCCUUUUUAUGUGAAAUACUAAUUUUAGAAAGCAAACAUUUUAAGAAGAUGGAUCAAGUCUUCUACAUUGAAUUUCAGGUGUGAAGAAAUUUCCUCAUCUCCCCUCCCCCCAAAAACUAUGUGAAUUAUGAGACUUAUAGCUAUAGCUCAUAGCUUCAGAAAUAUCACUGAAAUUGAAACCUAUUAAGAACUUCAUAUUUUAAACAGGACUUAAAAGGUAUAGUAGGAAAUGAACUUUAAUUAGUUCAUUUGAAGUAAUGGGAAAAUGUUAUUUAGUGUUUUAGAUAACUUCACUUUUUAGAUUUUCAUGAACUCAGAAUUUUAGAUCCUUGAGAAGAUAACUGGCAAGAUGUUUUCUAAAUGCACUCUGAAGGAUUUCUGAUCUUAGUGAUUAAUAAGAUUGUAUUUAUUUUCAAGACAAAAUUAAAUAUCAAAGUUUAGGACAGUUAAAAGCAAAAUAGAAACUUUCUUCAGCAGAUAGAGCCUCUCAUAAAGAAAUUGUUGCAGAAGUUCUUAGCAUCUCAGGUAAUUUAAAGUGAAAGGAGCUGGACCUUGUCCUAAGAGUUUAGUGGCUAUGACAAAAAUAGACCAUUUACUGUAUUCCAAAGAAUUAAAGGAUUUUUUUAUUACUAUUGAAUAAAAUAUUGAAUGUGACUGACCAUUUAACUAGUAGAAUGGUGAUAGGAAGGGAAAUACCCUGGAGUACAUAUUCCAAUGUUUAUACUUCCCUUUCCAUUUUGAAUUUUCAGUAGUUCCUAGGAAUUGCACUGAAAUCUGAUGUAUGGCUCUGUGUUCUCCUGUAUGGGGAAGAUGUUAUUUUAUUCCAGAAGUGUUACUUGCUUGAUGUAUCUCUGCAUUAGCAUAUUAAAUCUAUCUCAAACUUUGAUUGCAUGAAAAAAAGUUUACCUCACUUUUAUUAUUACAGUAGAAAACAAUGUUUCUUUGUUGGAUGGUUCUUUUGGCUGAAUAUGUAUAUUUGAACAUUCUUUAGUAAGUAGAUAAAAUUAAGACACUUAUUUUCAAACA